AUGCAGAGGAACACCCGUCUGAAACGAGAACUUCAGCUACUUAGUACUGAACCUCCUCCAGGAAUAUCAUGUUGGCAGGUAGAGGACCAGACAGACGAACUUAGAGCACAGAUCAUAGGAGGUGUGAACACACCUUAUGAGGGAGGUCUGUUUACUCUGGAAAUCAAAAUACCGGAGAGGUAUCCAUUUGAGCCUCCCAAGAUUCGGUUCCUGACACCCAUCUAUCACCCCAACAUUGAUAAUGCUGGUCGGAUUUGCCUUGAUGCACUUAAAAUGCCACCCAAGGGUGCCUGGAGACCUUCCCUUAACAUAUCCACAAUUCUCACAUCUAUACAAGUGCUCAUGGCUGAACCCAACCCGGAUGACCCACUUAUGGCUGAUAUUUCUUCAGAAUUUAAAUACAACAAACCAGUUUAUCUGGAGAAAGCAAAAGACUGGACUGAGAAACAUGCCAUGUUGACAAAUAAGGGUGCGGAAGAGAAAGAAAACAUGGUAUCUGAGGAGCUGAAUAAAAAAAUCAAAAAGAGAGGGGCCCUCUGUACAGGUGACCAAUGUGAUGAAGCCAAGAAAGUUUGCAUGUAG